CAUGCGCACUCGCCACCGCCUCCGUCAGAACAUGGCUUCCUCGGAACUCACCAUGGAGGAGUGCGUCCCGUCUCCCGGCACCCCGGACUCGAGGAAGAGGCCCUUAGACAUCGACUCUGACGAUGCCAUAUCCAAGAGAUCACACUAUAUACCUGCAGACAUGCAGAGUGAUGGAACAUACCACCUCAAGAUCCUUGUCCCAAGCGUGGCAGCUGGUGCCAUAAUUGGCAAGGGAGGUGAAACUAUUGCUCAACUCCAGAAGGAUACAAAUGCCCGCGUCAAGAUGUCAAAGGCAAAUGAUUUUUACCCAGGAACAACGGAGCGUGUUUGCCUGAUCACAGGCAAUGUGGAUGCCAUAUUGACAGUCUUGUCAUUCAUAAUGGAGAAGAUCAAGGAGAAGCCAGAUCCCAAUGCCAAGCCAGCCAUUGACUUUGAUAAUAAACAGACAGCAGAGAGAGAGAAACAGAUUUCAAGAAGUGCUCGCUCCCCACAGGUGAAGAUUUUGGUCCCAAACAGCACAGCUGGGAUGAUCAUUGGGAAGGGUGGCACUUACAUCAAGCAGAUCAAGGAAGAAAGUGGAGCAUACGUUCAGAUCUCUCAGAAGGCCAAAGAUCAGUCUCUGGCUGAACGGUGCAUCACAGUCAUCUCCAAUGAUGUUGACAACAGCAAGAAUGCAUGCCUGAUGAUCCUGGCCAAAAUUGUGGAGGACCCACAGAGUGGAACAUGCCUCAACGUGAGCUAUGCAGACAUCACAGGCCCCGUCGCAAAUCCCAACCCCACUGGAUCUCCAUUUGCUAAUUCUCCAGGUGGACAAAACACGCAGAAUGGUACCAUGGGAGCACUGUCCAAUCCACUUUCUGCAGUGAGUGGAUUGGGUAAUUUGCUUGGAGGUGGAGUAAAUCUGACCUUAAAUCUAAGCUCGGCCUAUCCCAACGGAGGUGCCGGGAACCCUGUGGUUACCGGACAACUGCUAGAGCAUGUGCGCUCUCUCCUGCGCUCGUCGGGCUUUGCUGACCAGUCCAAUGCUGAAGUGUGUCAGGCCAUUAGCACUCUGAUCAACUAUGGUAUCAUAGGCCUGGGGCUUGGUCUCGGGAAUCCCUCUGGUCACCAGGGCGGGCAAGGUGGGCAAGGACAGCAGGGGCAAGGAAAUAUGGGGAACAUGAAUAUAAACAUGAACAACUCAAAUAACCCAAAUGACUCUUAUCAUGGCUCAUCAAUGAGUAAUGGGAACAAUGGCCCUUUUGGGCCCAUAGGCACAACAGUUGCAUCAGGCCUUAACCUUGGACAGGGUUUAGGGGGACCAACAUCUCCUCAGCGACAGGUGGACCGAUUCAACUCAGAACCCCCAUUUGAUCCCUUUCGUCGACAGUCGACAGAGAUGGGGGCGAGCCUUCCGCUGAACAGUAACUCUUUUGGGCUGGGGACCCCUUUAAGGAAGAGCCCCUCUCCAGGAGAGCUUCCUCCAGGAGCACCAGAAGGUAGCAAGAAAGUUGAGAUGGAGGUUGGUGAGCACAUUGUUGGCGCUAUCUUGGGCCCCGGGGGAAAGUCCCUGGUAGAAAUACAGCACAUGUCCGGCACCACAAUACAAAUCUCCAAGAAGGGUAACUAUGCACCUGGUACUCGUAACCGCAUUGUCACCAUCACGGGUCUACCUUCAGGCAUCACAACGGCGCAGUUUCUCAUUGAACAACGUAUCUCUGAUGAAGAGGGCAAGCGUGCCCGCCAGAAUGCCAUUAUAGGGGUCAUGCCUUAAAUCACCCACUUUUCAUUUCUUCCAUUUCAUCCAUAGUUAAUUUGACCUCUGUCGGGGGCUUGAAAUAGAUUUGCGCACACCAUUUCCUCUUGCCCAUCUAGUUAUAGUGAUGAGUGUUUACAUGUUUGGCGAGUCUUUUUAUAUGAAUUAAAAGAAUUUCAAGCUCCACAUCUGUCAUCAAAAACUUAGGUGCUUUUCAGUAGACCAUGCAGGAUUAUAUAUGUAUAUAUAUAUAUAUGUAAAUCCAUUGCUUGGAUUAUUCAUUAUAAAGUGAUCUGAUACUUUUUUUUCUCAUUCUUUUAUAACUGACAAGCACCUUGCAUUUACAGUAUAGGUCACAGCAGUUCAUUUCUUUCUUCAAAAUCCUGUGUUCAAAUGUCACCCCAUAAUCAGGCAUAACCAUUACAUACGUUUCAUAAUUGACCAUUUCUAUUCUUAAAUUUCCCCAGUCACCAACUACAGUUGUUUGCCAGCAUUAUGCACUAUGUUUGUAUAGAAGAGAGCAACUGUGAGUAACCAUUGUUCAUUGUCCAAAUAUGUACAGAUGAAUCAUAGUUGUGUGAAGGCAAGUAGUAUACAUGAAUUUGUCAUUUUUAAAAUUCAUUUCAUUGUGCAAUGGAUGCUGCUGAGUUAACCUUAAAGUGGAUGUUGCCUGGGGCUACAAUACUUCACAGUUGGUGGUUCUGCUUACAGGAAGCUGAUCCUCAUGCCCAGCGCUAUAUGACCGCAUUUCUAAUCCAGACAUGUUGCUUUUGUUUACUUUGUUACAAUUUAUAUUUAUAUUGCUUGGUUUUCACUUGAGAGUUCAGUAGUUUUGAAACUGUUCUCUGGUUCUGCUUUUAGGUUCAUUAAGGCAAAAUUGCUUUGUUUAAAGUUGGCAAUUAUGUCUGGAUUCUAAUGACUCACAACCAUCUCUUUGUCUGCGGUCAGAAAACAUCCUACAUAGCAAUUCAUAUCAUGUGGUAUGAAUGAUGGCAACUUGUGACUCAUGUUGAGUUUGAUUAUGCUGCUGCCAGGGUUUCUACCUGGACUAGGCUACACUGGGAGAGGUAGUACAGGUUUCCCAGAGAGAGACCUCUUUGGUAUCAUUGAUAACAUGUUUUAGGUCCCUUUUUGUGAGAACAUUGUACUAGGGUGGGCAGUAACAGGUGUUAUGAAGCUAGAGUUAACGAGGGCGGGAAGCCGCACGGGCCUCAUAGAUAUCCCAUACUUAAUAGCACCCUCAUUAAGUGGCUAAGUUUGAAAAAAAAUUGCAAUUAAAGUGUAUUGUGUGCAUGUAGAUUAAUUUUCCCUGGUAAUAAACUUAUAAGUUCCUUAUAAAAGUAAGUCAUAGACUGCCAUUUGUUAAAUCUUUUAGAAGAUUUAUUAGGAUUUUUUCUUUAAAGUUUCUCUGAACCAGGGGAUAGCCAAAAACAUUUUAUCAUGCAUCUUUCCUCAUUAAAUAUCAUAGCUCUACAAACCUUGUAAAAAAUUGGCAAUAAAUGUGUAUCCAUUAGCGGCCAAGACUUUCCAUAUCAGCCUUUAUCAACCAGUUUCACCGCACCAAACUGACAUCCCAGCGCCCUGAAAGUCUUGAACAUGUGACCUUCAGGGCGCAGGCAACCAAACCUUCAUCAUGCAUUCUAUUAAGUCACGCCUCAUGACACUGGAAGCACCGCCAGAUGACAAAGUCAGUUUGUUGCGGCAUGCUUAUGACAACAUGUGACCGACGUACAUUGACUCCAUCUCCUCCUGCAAUAUCGUUGAAGCUGUCACAGUAAGUAGAGUAAGAAUCCCAGUACUAGGGAAGCAAGCUUAUGACAACUGACUAGAGUCAAAAGGUGGUAAAACACGGUUAGGGAAGGUCCAAUGCUGCAGGUGAUCAUUUCACCCACAUAUAUGCAUAUCAGGAAGGUCGGGUGGGCCUGGGAUUGGGUUGGGAUCAGGACAUUCAUUAGCUUGUAGCAUUCAUUUUCCUUCAGUGAUAUGCUAUAUAUUGACUUAUAAUGGUAAUAAUGUCUCACAGGAAUCCUUCGAGUGAUGCACAGCACCCCAAGUAAUUAUGACGUUCUUUUCUCUCCCGUUUCCAUAACUAGAUAAUGGGUGACCCCAAUGUCUUGAAUGAUGAUUAAGCUGGUGUGUAUGUGUGGAGCUGACAGUGCCAGGCUGUGGUGGUGGCGGCGGCAGGAGGGUGAGAGACUCCACGCAGGCUCGGCACUCCUCUCCACACAGGUAGUGAUUCUGCCUCACUCCACCUCCACCCCCACACUCCAUCUCCACCCCUCCCUCCCUAAUCUCACUUACCUCUGGCCUCAUGUCUAUAUUGUGCCGGCCUCUUGUGCCUGGUGCUCACCCCUGACCUCUCUUUAAUAUCCUUGUCAGGGAGUAAUGUGGUCUCCGGAAGUGAACGUCUCACAAUUUUUGAUGUGUAGCUUGCUCGUAAGGGAUGCUCCUAUGAAUCUUCAUAAAAUAUGAAAAAGUAUGCAUUCUGUUUAAGAUUUUAAUUAACUUGAAAAUGAAAGAAAACAAAAUAGAAAGAAAGAAAAAAAGAAAAAAAAACAACAAAAAACUCAGGGCUUUUUAUUUUUGUGUACAGGGAACGUCUUCAGGGAUCGAUCUGGUUAAAAAGGUUGAACUUCUUGUGGCUUGAAAUUUUUGUUCCAACUUUGAUAUUAAUAGGAAACAGGAUCCAAGAAUAUUUCAUGUAGCUGCUUUUGCAAUUGCUGGUCAUGGGUGAAACAGUGGGCCAAAAGGUCAUUUACAUUUGGUCAGGGGUUUUAUUGGGUCAUGCUGGGUAGCAUCACAAGUGGAAAAAAAAGGGACGAAAAAAUGAGUGAUAUAAACAUUGUGAGAUAAUGUAUAGACUUGACUUAUUCUUUAUUAUGUUUAUUAUUAUUAUUGUUAUUAUUUUUUGCUUGCAGUUCUUAUUGUCCUCUGGAAAAUCCAGUGUACAGUUACUGAUGAAAAGGUGAAAAUAUAUACAUCUAUAUAGUGAUGCUAUCAGGUGUGUGUUUCAUCAUCAUUUAUUCACACAUUCUCCCUGUUUCUUGUGAUACAUCAUUAAAUUGAAUUACAUACGACAUCAUUCUUUGAUAUGCUGACAUUUUUAGUCAUUCAUAUAUUUUACUAAAGGAAAAUGCUCGCCAUCUUAAAAAGAUGGACUUUGUAACAGUUCAUAGAACAAACCUCUUUCCCUUGCUUUGUUUAUAUAUGUAUUUUGACUAUUUAUUUAUUUAUUUAUUUUUCCUAGAGAAUUGAAAAAAAUGAAACUUGUGGGAACUUUUUGAAAUGAUUAGAAAUCUGAUAUUGUUUGCCAUAUACUGAAAGUCAAGAAUUGAUUUUCUUUUCUUUGACAAGAGGGAGAACAACCAAAUUCAUAGAUGCCAACGUUUUACAGUUUUAUCAGGUUUCGUCAUGUGUGGUCACCAUCUACACACAGGCAUUGUGGCAUGCUGGGUGUGAAGAGGUUUGGUGCUGCUGGGCAUUGCUUGAGUGGAGUGAGGAUGAAAGCUGGUAACACUUGAGGUACAGGUCAUGUUGGAGGUGCUGUCGUGUGCCCAGCCAAAUGGAUCUCGGAUAUUGAAAUUUUGCUGCUGGUAGGAAAGGAAGAUCCUUCUGGGAAUGGAUAUAGAUCUAGUGAGAAACAAAUUGUGUAUAGAAGGAAGAAAUAUAUGUUGUUGUCUUUCUUUUAUUAAUCUACAUCCUGUUUCUUCUACUUGGUUAUUUCUUUGGUUGGAUAUACUUGCAGUCUGGUCUUUAUUUUUUACAGAUUAAAUGCAGUAAAUUAAUGUGAAGUUGUGAUCGCAUGACAAUGCCAUUUAAGAUCAUAAGGAGGGUACCCAUGCAAUAUAUUGCAUUUUGAAGCUUUUUUUUGUCUGUAUAUAUUCUAAAUUUGUCUUAAAACACCAUUAAUGUGGUGAGAUUUGCGCCUUUAACAUUUACUACAGAUUUUUUUUUUUAAUAUCAUUAAAGAGAAUACUGGUUUCAUUGAAAACUUAACAUAUUUUUAUAUAAUGGAGUCUUGGUAUAUAGUCUUGGUUGAUAAUAGAAAUGUUGAAUAUUCGAUUUCAAGUUGAUUAGAUAACUUGCAGUUUACAAUCUCUAAUUUCAAGAUGGUUUGGUUGUAAGUUACAGCGAGUAUUGGUGUUGAUUUUCUUUUUGAAUUGCCAUAUAUUACGACCUUAUUUCAGAAAGUGUUUUCUUUAAUACAUUUUUUUAUAUUCCUUCAAUAGCUUGAGUAAAGGCUCAGUACAAGAAACACUAGAAAAAUGACAAAAGGCAUGUAGCAUUCUAUGUACUGAGAUAGUACAUUCACUUUUCAUUUCCCAUCUGAAUACGUUAAACCAUGGUGAAUGAUUUUCCAGUUAAUGGAUUACUUGUUUUAAAGGAGAUUUGUAAUGCAGUUCAGAUAUUUAUCAUAUUCUGAACUCUCCAAAUACCAUCAAGAAUAAUUUGUUGAUUAGAAAUUAUGUAUUUAUAGAUUUCUGCAAUAUUGAUGGGUGAAUGUUAUGAAAACCUCUUAAUACAUGUUUAACCACAUACCAUACCAAGAAUAGAACAUGCAUAAUAACAUGCCAUUUACUCAAAAUAUACUAGCAUAAACAUGAACUUUUAACCUUAUUUUGGGGGAAACUUUAUGAAAUAUAUAUGGGAUACUGUCGGUGAUCUUCAAUCUAUAUUGUUCAACGAAAAUGCAGUAGCCUGAAGUUUGGAGUUAAACUGGUAAGUAGUUUUUUCACUCACUCAGCUACAAGAAGUUUUAUCAUAGAGUAAAUAUUUCACAUUCAGUAUUUUGUGGGUGGAGGGAAAUAAGAAUGUGACUCAAGGUUUGGUGAAGGAAAUUAACUUAAAAGUUUAAGGGAAAUUUCAGCGUUUUUAGUGUGGAAACGCUGCAGACAUCCAUUUAACAACUACAUGGACAUGCACCGACACUGUUUCACAAUCAUUCACACAAACUCACGAUUUCCCUCGUCAUUUUUCUCCUAAUUUAUUUUUGUAAUUUUUAUAAAGGAUUUAGAAAUAUCCAUUAUUUUAAAUUCACUUCCACCUCCAUUUGGUCUUCAAUAUCGAGACAUUCAUAUGGUAAAUGUUUUAGAAAAUAAUCAGUACAGAGCAGUUCAUCUUUUUCUGUUAUAAUUUGUAACACGGACACACGUUAACAAUCUCCCUCACUUAACUCAUGAAAUCAGCACGUAAACAUCACGCAUCGAGUUGUUAGCACCCUCUCUAAGAAGGGCACAUGCUUUGAUCAUCCUUAGGCAAAGGAGUAUGUUGAUGAGCACAUUGUUUAUCUACUGAGGUGCUUAAGGAAUAUGAUGUAUCAAAUGUUGAUUUUUUUGGUUAAAUAUAUAUUUUAUAUUGAA